AUGGGAGAGACUCUUGAGGCCAUGCAGCAGGUGAAAACUGGCAAGGCAGCUGGGAUUGAUGGAAUCCCACCUGAAGUCUGUAAGCCUGGAGGCCAAGCACUCCAUGCUAAAUUUCACGAGCUCAUUGUGCAUUGCUGGGAAAAAGGUGAACUGCCAUCAGAUCUCCAUGAUGCAGUCAUUAUCACCCUGUACAAGAAGAAAGGAGAAAAAUCAGACUGCUCAAGUUACCGUGGUAUUACUUUGCUCUCUAUUGCUGCUCUGGUUUGGUUGUUUUUUUAUUCUUUUUGUCAGUGUGGAGGAACAACUCAUGUGUUGCGUCUUAGCUGGUCACCUGAUGGUCACUAUCUUGUUUCUGCUCAUGCCAUGAAUAAUUCUGGACCUACUGCUCAGAUCAUUGAGAGAGAUGGAUGGAAAACCAACAUGGAUUUUGUAGGACAUCGGAAGGCAGUUACAGUAGUGAAAUUCAAUCCAAAAAUCUUCAAGAAGAAACAGAAAAAUGGGAGCUCCACCAAGUCAAGUUGUCCCUACUGCUGUUGUGCUGUUGGUAGCAAGGAUCGAUCUCUUUCUGUCUGGCUGACGUGUCUGAAGCGACCUUUAGUUGUCAUACAUGAGCUGUUUGACAAGUCUAUCAUGGACAUCUCCUGGACCCUUAAUGGACUUGGUAUCCUGGUGUGCUCUAUGGAUGGAUCAGUGGCAUUUUUGGACUUUUCCCAGGAUGAACUUGGAGAUCCACUCAGUGAGGAAGAAAAGAGCAACAUCCAUCAGUCCACCUAUGGUAAAAGCCUGGCUAUAAUGACUGAAGCUCAGUUGUCUACCACCAUUAUUGAGAAUCCAGAGAUGCUCAAGUAUCAACAGAGGCAGCAGCAGCAGCAGGUGGAGCAGAAGAACGCGUCGAUUAGAGAAGCACCUGGGACUGCAACAGCGGCUCCCAAAGUGGCAAGCAUGGUGAAUGGGGAGAGUUUGGAGGACAUCAGAAAGAACCUCUUAAAAAAACAAGUUGAAACACGAACAGCAGAUGGUCGGAGAAGGAUUACGCCUCUCUGUAUAGCUCAACUGGACACUGGGGAUUUUUCUACAGCCUUUUUCAAUAGCAUCCCAAUAUCUGGAUCUCUGUCUGGCUCAAUGAUGUCUUCUCAAAGUAACCAGCAGCUCUUGUCAUUAGAUUCUAACGCUGCAAAUUCCCUUAAUAUUUCAAAGCCUUCUGUAGAGCCAACAGCAGCCAGUAUAAAACCAACAGAUGACGCAGCCAAUAAAGAUGGUGUAAAUGCUACCUCUGCCUCAGCUGUUCCUCCUGCAUCGUCUUCCUCUGUGUUGACAGCUCCAUCCAAGAUUGAACCUAUGAAAGCGUUUGAUUCUAGAUUUACAGAGCGAUCCAAAGCCACCUCAGGGACUGCUGUUGUAACAAACACAAAUCAGACUGUUGUGGACAGACUGAAGGAACAGAAUUUAAUUAAGGAUAAUAAGCCUAAGGAUAUUCUGGAGAGCAGCAGUGACAGUGAAGAGAAGAUUCCAGCUGCUAAACCACUCAGUGUACCCAAACGGAAACUGGAACUUGAGGGAGAAACGGUAGAAAAGAAGAAGAAGGGAAGGCCUCGAAAAGACUCCAGACUUGUACCAGUAACUUUAACUGUUCAGUCCCCAGCUACACUGGCCGCUGAGAAGGAUGCUGCUUGCAUUUCUGCACCAGCAUUAGCACUUAAACUGCCAACCCCAAUCCCACAGAAAUCGUUUACUUUGCAAGUAAGUUCAGAUCCUUCAAUGUACCUUGAAGUGGAGAAUGAAAUGACCACAGUGGGAGGUUCAAAGUUGAGCCGGUUAAAGUGUAAUCGAGAAGGAAAGGAAUGGGAGACGGUCCUCACCAGUCGGAUUCUCACUGUAGCGGGAAGUUGUGAGAUUGUAAGCGUGGCCUGUGAGAAACGAACGUUGUCGGUGUUUUCAGCUUGUGGUCGUCGCCUUCUUCCUCCUAUAGUAUUGAAUACACCCAUUUCCACCCUACAUUGCACAGGUUCUUACAUCAUGGCUCUCACCACUGCUGCUACGCUCUCUGUUUGGGAUGUUCACAAGCAGACAGCCAUUGUUAGAGAUGAGUCUUUGCAAACAAUAUUUUCAGGGAGUGAUGCAACUGUCUCUCAGAUCUUGCUGACCCAGCAUGGUAUACCUGUAAUGAGCAUGUCUGAUGGAAAGGCGUACUGUUUUAAUCCUUCUCUUUCUACGUGGUAA